AUGAGAGCCCUAGGCCCUCAGGCCGUCACAUCUUUCCUGUCCUUCGUGGAGGAGGCACAGGGGCCCCACGCUGCCAAAGGAGUGCAGCUCGGUCUCAAGGGGCAAGAAGCAUCAACCGGGAGCACAAAUAAAGCCUGUGUGGUGCAGACCGCCCGGGCACACCGGCUGGGCAAGCUGGUGGAGCACCUGGUGCCUGCCGUCCUGGGCAGGGACCCCGCCUUCGUCCCCACCUUUCUCUGGAACUACAGAACUUUGGCCACCUCCCAGCAGGUGUUGGACCUACUAUUGACAAGGUAUGGCUGCAUCUUCCCCUAUGCUGAAGAGGAUGGUGGGCCUGUGGACCAGCAGAAAAAGGCCAUCAUCUCCAUCCUGGGCAUGUGGCUGGACCAGUACCCUGAGGAUUUCUUCCAGCCCCCAGAAUUUCCCUGCCUGGUGAUGCUGCUGGCCUACCUCGACCUCAAUUUUCCAGGCUCAGACCUGGAGCGCCAGGCCCAGCUGCUCCUUUCAGAGCUGGAGCGCCGUGAGCCCGCAGAGGCAGAGGCAGAGGAACCAGCUCCAGAGCAAGAGCAAAAAAGACCUCAAGAGGCAACGCCGCCUCCAGUGGCCUCUCCAGAGCCAGAGCAGGCUCCGGCACAGCCUUCCCUGACCUCCAAGAGGCAGAAGAGCCACCUGCAGCUCCUGCGAGGCCUGUGGUCCCCGGUCCUGGGCCGCAGCGUGGCAGCUGCCACGGCAGAGAGGGCUUCCCCUUGACAUGCAGUUUUUAAAUAUCUGUGUUUAUCUUACAUAUGCCUAGAAUUUUAAUGUAGUUUUGUAUAAUAUUCAGUUAAAA